ACGAUCCAUAUAUCCCUUCCUCGUAUAUCCUUUCCUGAGUAGGAGAGAGAGUUGAGUUAGGAGUUGUUGUGCUGAUCAUCUCGGUCGACCGAGAGAUGGACCACCACUUCACUGAGAUAGAGGGGAAGAUGGCGCACGAGCCACUGGCACACAGCUCCACCUUCUCCGAUGAGACGAAAGACAAAAUGGAGCACGAUUCACUGGUGUACAGUCCACGCAGCAUCGCGAGGGCCACAACCACCGGCAUCCCUGUCGGCGAUCAAGGCGUGGCCGUGCUACGUGGGCCGCUUAUCGUGGGUGCAGGGCCGGCGGGUCUGGCAUGCGCGGCGUUGCUCACCAUGUUAUACAUUCCCUACGUGCUCCUAGAGCGCGACGUGUGCGUAGCCUCAAUGUGGCACCGCCGCACGUACCGCAGGUUGUGUCUGCACCUACCCAAGCGCUACUGUGAGCUCCCGCUCAUGCACUUCCCACGCACCUACCCCACAUAUCCAACCCGGCAGCAGUUCCUUGUCUACCUCAAUGAGUACAUGCGCGCAUUUGGCAUCCGCCCAUUUUUCAGCCUCGAGGUUGUCGCUGCCGAGUACAACGGUGAAUACUGGUGUGUCCGCACCAAAGAUGUCAUCCCCACUGGCACUCUCAACGGCCAAAGCGGCGAGGAGUCUAUCCGAGAGUACCGCUCCAAAUGGCUGAUCGUUGCCACAGGAGAGAACGCCGAGCCUGUUGUGCCUGACAUGCCGGGAAUCCAUAACUUCAAGGGUCAAGUAAUGCACUCAUGUGACUACCGUAGCGGCGAGUCCUUCCAAGGCAAGAAGGUGCUAGUCGUUGGCUGCGGUAACUCUGGCAUGGAGGUGUCUCUCGACCUCGCUAACCACAACGUGCACACCUCGAUGGCUGUUCGUCGUUCGGGGCACGUACUUCCAAGAGAGGUCAUGGGGAUCUCAACUUUUAGUUUGUCUGUGUGGCUCCUCAAGUUUCUACGUGUCCAAAUAGUGGACCGGAUUCUUCUUCUACUCGCUUGGUUCAUUUUAGGAGACACUGCACAAAUUGGUAUUCCUCGGCCUAGCAUGGGUCCAAUGGAGCUCAAACAAGUGUCUGGUAAGACACCGGUGCUUGACGUGGGGACGAUAGCACAGAUUAAGUCCGGCAACAUUAAAGUAUUUCCUGCAAUUCGAAGUUUCCAAGAAUAUGGUGUAGAGUUUACAAAUGGUAGGAUUGAAUCAUUUGAUGUUGUGAUUCUUGCCACAGGUUAUAAGAGUAAUGUUCCUUAUUGGUUGAAGGAGAAUGAAUUUUUUUCACAGCAAAGUGGAUUUCCAAACAAACCAAAUGAAUGGAAAGGAAAGGAUGGACUCUAUGCUGCUGGGUUCUCAAGGCGUGGUCUACUUGGUGUGUCUAUGGAUGCCACCAAAAUUGCAGAGGAUAUUGCGCAGUCUUAUAAUAAUAUAUAUAAGCUACAAAGAUCAUAAGAACAAAUGAUAUUUAACUAUUUAUCAAUAAUUUAGCUAUCAUCAUUUGAGAGUUUUGUAAAUAUAUGUACUAGUCUAUUUGCAUAAAUUAUAAGAGAUGGAUAUGCUAGAUAACAAAUACUAGGCUAGCUUAUCUAUCAACGCACUCAUUAUAUAAUUGACAUAGGCUAGUACAUGUCACAUUUUAGAGGUCCAACAAAAUAGUUGAUAGGAUUGAUUUAUUGCAUGCUUUUAUUUCUUUUUAAUUUGGCAAAUAUUGUAAGUCAUUUUUGUUAUUAUCAAUCAAUUGUAAUGGGUAAUGUAUGGACGUUUUCAUUCUUAUGGCUAUAUUAUUUGUUUAUU